CACCCCGAAAGCCCCCCCAUCACCAUUCCUCUUCCUCCCAUGGCGGCCUCCUUUACUCCUCCUCCACCUUCCCCACCUCACCUCCGCCCCCACCACCGCCAUUCCCCAAUCGCACCACGCACGCACCGGCCCCCAGAGCACCAGAGGAAACGAGCCCUUCCUGGCGCCGCCGGAGGACGAAGGAGGAGGAGGGAUGGGGCGCGGGAAGAUCGAGAUCAAGAGGAUCGAGAACCAGAGCAACCGCCAGGUGACCUUCUCCAAGCGCAAGAACGGGAUCCUCAAGAAGGCCAAGGAGAUCAGCGUGCUCUGCGACGCCGAGGUCGGCGUCGUCGUCUUCUCCAGCGCCGGCAAGCUCUACGACUUCUGCUCCCCCAAGACCUCGCUAUCAAGAAUCUUGGAGAAGUACCAGACCAACUCCGGGAAGAUACUGUGGGAUGAGAAACACAAGAGCCUCAGUGCGGAGAUUGAUCGAAUCAAGAAAGAGAAUGAUAACAUGCAGAUCGAGCUCAGACACUUGAAAGGCGAAGAUCUGAACUCGCUGCAGCCCAAAGAGCUGAUCAUGAUUGAGGAAGCACUUGAUAAUGGGCUGACAAGUCUGCAUGAGAAACAGAUGGAGCAUUAUGACAGGCUCAUGAAACAUGGUAAGAUGCUGGAAGAUGAGAACAAGCUGCUGGCCUUUAAAGUGCACCAGCAUGAUAUCGCCUUGAGCGGGAGCAUGAGGGAUCUUGAGCUUGGGUACCAUCCAGACAGGGACUUUGCAGCCCAGAUGCCGAUCACCUUCCGCGUGCAGCCUAGCCACCCCAAUCUGCAGGAGGACAGCUAGGCCGCCGACUCUCCGCGCCACUCCAUCAAAUGUAUCCCCCACUGGCUUGUAUGUCCAUCCUGCAUUUUGCCAGUUGUAUCCUUCAUUUGUUAUCUGUUUGGAUGAACAAUUGAACAUGUUAUACAUAGUAGCUUGAUGGUGUGCCAAUACGGUCAGGCUCUAGAAGUCGCGCGGCUGCCGCCUGCCGCCUGCCGGUCUGCCCUAUUGUAAGUUUGCACCACCAUUGGAGCUGAAAUAUCAGUAGACUGGUAUUGUAUCUGCAUGUUGUUUCCCUGAUCACCGCAGUUGCCGGACGGUGAAUAGUUUGUAAUGACAGCAAAAAACAGUGUGGAAAAUCUUGAUUUGAUGUGAACUUUAUUUCAUUCA